CUGGUCCCCGUUAAUCCCCAUACAACAUGUAGUUGACCAGCCAUCCCACGACAUAAUGUUCUAAUCUCAUCUGUCUACUAAUGCACAAUGUAGUGCUGCUGCAGGGUAGUCUGUUGUUUCAUACACUUAUCACAUGUGUAUUGCAGACAUCAAGCGAUUUGUGAAUAUCAGGAUUAUUAGUGCGCAGUGACAUGCAGUUGACUUUACGACAUUCGAGUCGUUUAGUGGUCAUUAACAUAGGGAUGCGUGCAGUCUGCUGUUUUGACUUAACAUAGUUACUCCACUGCUCAUCACAUUGCUGGUAUGAGCCUGGCUGCAGCUAUCUAUUACAUUUGACUUGUUAUUCAGCUCUACAAAAUGGUCAUGCACCAUAUGGAUUGUCUUGCAUCCUUUCAUCACAUCAUUCAAAGCAAGUGGAUGUAAUUACGAAUGUUAUCUUUUGCAUAUUAAUCUGAGGAGAAUCAUCUGUUCAGUAAUUGCUCCUAAUGGAAGUUGGUUGGAGUGGGGCCAGCUGUUUAACCUGCUGGAUACAGCCAAAUCCCUCUGAAUUGGACAGAUGUCAUCUCUGUUUUAUUGAUGUGCAGUAAAAUUAGUUCACGUUGGUUGCCAGGGAAAGGCAUAGAAGAAUAUAAUUUAUCAUGCGUUGCCAUAGAGACCAUGGAUCAGUUUUUCCUCUUUGUUGGUAUAGUUUCCUGUGAUGAGGUGUGUAGUCAUCUGCUGCACGAGGUCUGUUCACGGUAUUUAUGCUGGCAUAAUGCUGAACAUCUCCGUGCUCAAAUGUGUGUGAGAAAGAGGACGCGUCCAGUACUAUUCCACCCCCCAAACAUUUUUAAUUGGAAAGCUGCACAAAUGUCGAUGUAACUGCCACAAUAACACCAACGCACUUUUCGUAGUGUAUCAGUAAGAAUUGGGCUUUGCCAGCAGCAUGGCCGGAGCAAAGUAAAUGUACAACAGCGAAAUACGAAAAUGGCAGUCUGUAUAGAUGCAUUAAGAGGUGUUUUCUCAAUUAUUUUAUCUAUUUAACUUGCACAUUUAGAGAACUGAGGUGCAUAACGAUCAACAGAACAUGUGUGUAGUUUUAUAGACUGUCUUUGUGAUGUACUCACAAGAGAAAAAGCCUCGGUGUGGAGGAUACAAUUGUGUUAUUUCACGUAUCUGAUUUAUGAAUUGAUCAUUUGUUGAAAUGGAUGAGUGUGUCUUCUGUGAGGACUCAAAUGUCUUCUCCUGUCAGUUAUCAUUUGACUCGUACCACAUAAAUCCAGCUGUCCAAUCUCUUAUUCGAAUCUUACGGGUAACAUUACAUUUGUUCAAGAUAUGUUGAUUUGUUCAAGUAGUUUCUGCUUUGCUCGUUGUUUUGAAUGCCUGCCUGUACAAUCAGAACGUUUACUCUCGCUUUCUGUGUUCAGCUGGUGUCAAAUCUCUCCCCGUCUGUCUUUGCCUCCCUCUCUCCCCUCCUCAGUCUCAGGGCUCACCAUACUCAAUGAGCGGACAGUGCAAUGUCAGAGCGCUCUGGGCAAACUGCAAAGGGGAAGGAAGGCAAAACCAAGUAUGCGUCUCUCAACCUGUUUGAUACAUACAAAGGAAAGAGCCUUGAAACACAAAAGCCUGUUGUUCCCCCCCGCCAUGGCCUGCAGUCUCUUGGUAAAGUUGCCUCCGCACGGCGUAUGCCACCCCCUGCCAACCUGCCCAGUCUGAAGGCAGAAAACAAAGGCAACGAUCCUCGCAUCUCGCUCGUUCCCAAAGACGGCACAGGAUGGGCAAGCAAACAGGAACAAGCAGACCCAAAGAGUACCGAUGCAUUGUCAGCACCGCAGCCGGAAUUGCAGCAGCCUGUGGCUUCACCGACACCUGCACCGACCCGCCCGAGAACCCCACCAGUUUCCGAGGUUCUGGCCGCAGCUUCAACCCAGGCCGUAGGGGCAAGGUCCUGGGCACAGGCCAGUGUUACACAUGGAACACAAGGGGAUGGUGGAAAGGUAUUAAACCUACAGUCGCCAUUCUCUCGCGAGGAAUUUCCCACCCUGCAGGCGGCUGGCGACCAGGACAAAGCUGGCAGAGAACAGGGCACUGCAGAUCAGUGGUAUGGGCCCGGACCAAACCUCCGCCCCCAGAACGUUACAAAUUGGCGGGAUGGUGGGGGCCGCCCCCUGGCGCCCACCCUGCCUGGGGAGGGGGCACUGGAGGGUGGCACUGCUGGGGCUCUGAUGAUGGAUGGGGCAACUGGGGUCCCCCUUCCAAAUUCUCAGUCCCAUGGGCCACCUAGGAACCCUCCCGCAGGCAGCCCCGCCCUAUCCCUGCCCUCUGGUCCUGGGUUUCCCCAAUACCGAGGGAUCAUGCCUCCCUUCAUGUACAUGCCCUUCCCGGGCCCCUAUGGCCCUCAGGGGCCCUUCAGGUACCCGGCACCCGGGGAAGGGCCUCCAAGGUUCUCUCGUGGGCAGGGUGGUCACGAUGGCAGGGGUCAGGGAGGCCAUCGUGAUAUGGGGGGAGAGGUCGUGAAGCGACCACCUAUCCUAAAGCAGGAUGACCUGAAGGAGUUGGACGAGCUGGACCAUGAUGGAGAUGAGGGCUGGGCAGGGGCUCAUGAGGAGAUUGAUUACUCCGCCAAGUUGAAGUUCAGUGACGAUGAAGGAGAUGAAGAGGGAGAAGAGGAGAAACCCGAGAGCAACAAUGACUUGGGUGAGCAGCAGAGGUCCCAGGAUGCCCCCCCUGCAACCUCUCGCUCUCGAGCCUCGGACAGCAGCGGAGACAGCCGCCGCACUCCUCCCUCUAAUGCUGAUAAUGGCCCCCAACCAUCUAGCAAGCCAGGACGGGCUGAGGAGGGAGGCAGCGGCUGGGGAGGCCAGGGAGCACCAAACAACUACCAGGAUCGUCCCCAAAAUCAGGGUGCCUCUCAAGGCCUGGCAAAACUGGUCCCCAGCCAGCUUCAGGCAGCACCAGGAGGCCCUUCUCCUCCUGCACAACCAGGCCAAUUGGUUCCUGGCCCCCAGGAGAAUGAUGAGGAUGAGACUUGGCGUCAGCGCAGGAAGCAGUCCUCCACUGAGAUUUCUGCUGCUGUGGAGCGAGCUCGUCGCCGCCGUGAUGAGGAAGAGCGCAGGAUGGAGGAUGAGAGGCGCGCAGCCUGCGCAGAGAAACUAAAGAGGCUGGAUGAGAAGCAGCAGCAGGGCAGCACCAUAGGAGUUGGUGGAAGCAGCUGUAAAAGCCCCAGUCUGGAUGAAAACUCUCCAGCUGCCCCAGCAGGCAGCCCUAGUCCAUCUAUUACAGCCUCUGCCUCCUCCCCCAACAUCAGCCAGCCUCCAUCUCCCUGUGUGGACCCUGAAGAGUCUCCAGUGCUAGUUGUCCAGCCGGGGUCCAGUCCUGGAGUUGGUGACCCGCAGCGAGCCAGCAGCAACAGUAUCUAUGACUCCAGCGCAGAAGCCCAACAGUGUCCUCAGCCGACUGUGUCACAGCCACAGCAGCCUACGGUGGACGUACCUUCACCAGGAGAAAAUAAGGAGGAGUUCAUUCCGCAUAUUCGUGCAGGAAGUGGAAGUGAAAGAGGAGUCGACCCAGUGAAGAUUGAGAACAUUGGAGGGGGAGCAGGACGCCAAGCCGGUGGUCCUCCUGGCCAGGGUUACUCAAAGUACCAGAAGUCUCUUCCACCUCGAUUUCAGAGGCAGCAACAGGAGCAGCUCAUGAAGCAGCAGCAGCAGUGGCAGCAGCAACAACAGCAGCAGCAACAACAACAACAGCAGCAACAACAACAACAACAGCAGCAGCAUCAACACAGCCAGGCUUCACAAAGCCAGCUGUCCCCCCAGCCUCAACAGGGUCCUUCACCAGGUUCAACACCCCAGCCGGGGCCUGGACCAAAGCAGGGUGGACCCAUGUAUCAACCCAGCAAUAUGGUUCGACCCCCACCACUGCCAAUGAAUUUCGACCCUCGCUGGAUGAUGAUGCCCUACAUGGACCCCCGUAUGAUGCAGGGCCGUCCUCCGCCUAUGGACUACUAUUCAGCAGGCAUGCACCCAUCAGGGCUUAUUGGGCGUGAGCGGUCUGAUUCAGGAGGAUCUGGUUCAGACCCCUUUGACAGACAGCAACAGCACCCAGGGCACCCUCACCGUGGGACCCCCCCUAUGGAUCCUAAGCUGGCCUGGGGGCAGGAGGUAUUCCCUGGCGGAGGGGAAGGCCGUGGCCUAACAUCACCCCUCAGGCAGAAGCAGGCUUUGGAGGAUGAUGAUGUUGCCAAAGGGCCCAGGAGUGACACUCCUCCACACCGCAUGCGGGAGGGUGGAUUGGGACCCAUCCAGCAGCCCACCGCCACCUCUGGUACAUCCAAUCAGACGCCACCUCCAGUUGGAAGUCAAGUUGGGGCCCAGGGAGGCGGCCACCCUCAUCACUACAUGAGUGGGCGUGGCAACUUCAGCAACUUCUCUGACCAGGGUGCAAGGAUGCAUCCCCACCACCAGCAGCAGCAGCAGCUCCAGAGGGGCGAGAGGGGAAAUCAGCCGCAUGGCUACACCCACCAGGAAGAAGGGCCUUCACGAGGCUCUCAGCAGGGACAAAUAUGGGCAGCCGCACACCCUCACUACGAUCGCAACGGUCGUGGCGAACACCCGCCGGUUGAGAGUAACUCUCAUCUCCACCACCAUCACGGCCACCACCCUCAGCAGCCUCACUUUUCUCUCCAGCCCCACAAGCCGGAGAACAGCCGAGACAGAGUUGUUGAGGCCGCUGCUAAGAAGACAGACUCUUCUCCCCCGAUCCACAAACCUUCACUCUCAUCCUCCUGCUCUUCCUCCUCCUCUUCUGUCAGGGAAGAUGGCAAUGUCAAAGUUGCCCUGCAUCAUCAACCAUCCCAGAGAGAGAGUGAAGCUGGUGUCGGGCACAGUCAUGGUGAAAGAGGUGGCAGUGCUAGCAGUGGCAGCCAUGCAAAGCAGGAGAAAACUGGGCCGGCAUAUGCUCCCCAUUCAGCCUCUAGCCCACCUCCCACUCAACAUGGCAGUCAUACUCAGCAGCAGCAGCAGCACCACCCUCAUCCUAAAUCAAACCAAAGAGGGGGACGGGAACACAAGACCGAAACCCAGUGGGGUCCACGGCCUGGCAGCAGCAAUACAGGUGGGGGGUCCUCUCAUGGUAGGAGGGCCAAUACAGGAGGUGGGAACAACUCUCGUGGAGGGGAAGACUCCUCCAACACUCCAUCGGACCACAAACCCUCCCACCAGACGGGAGGCAGUAAUGCCAACAGGAGGGCUGGUCCCAUUAAGAAACCAGUGCUUAAGGACAUUAAAAGAGACGGAGGGGAAGCUGACGCAGGAGAGAAAACAAGCUUUGGGAAAGAGAAAGAUGGAGGCCAAAACAUCUCCAUGAAGCAGGACAACUCCACCACCCAGAACACAUCUGCUCCAUCUAAAGAUGAACCAACCCAGACAGCCAAACCCAGGAAUGCUGGAAAAGAACGAUCCACAGGAGGGGGCGGGGGCGGGAGAGGGCCCAAAGAUGUAGACGCUACUUCAGGAUUUUCAGGGUCCUCCUCCAGAAGGGACCGGGACCGCUCCUUUGAGAGAGGAGGGGGUCCCUCCCACAACCAUGGAGUCCCUGUCAAAGGCAGCAGAGCCAGUCGUGGACGAGGGGGAGAGUUCUAUGGGCGUGGCCGUGGAUACCGUGGUACCUACACGGCUGCCGCUGGUCCCACUGGUGGCAGUCGGGGCAGAAUGGGUGGCAGGAGCAGCAGAGACUACCGCCCAUCUGUUGGCGGAGGACACCAACACGAGUCCAAGGCCGAGGGGGGCGGUGGCAGACAUGGUCAAGAUCGGUCCCAGCAUAACCCAGCCAGGGCAAGGAACCGGAGUGAAACACGCAGUGAGGGUUCAGAGUAUGAGGAAAUCCCUAAGAGAAGGAGGGAGAGAGGUUCAGAGACUGGCAGUGAGAGUGGUGCAAGUGACAUGGGUCACUCAGACAAGGAAGACCACCAGAAACCCAACACCAAGAAUGGCUCUGAUAAUGCCAACGCCACUGGCAGUAGCAACAUGUCAUCUGCACCGUCUCGAGGUUCCCAGGCCCGUGUCUUCACUCCCAGGGGUGUACCCUCUAGACGGGGCAGGGGUGGAGGUAAUGGAGGAGGAAAUGUCAACAGAAGUGGUGGCAAUGUUGGAGGACAACCCGGGGGACACCGAGUUGGACCCAGCUCGGCAGCUCACGGUGGCACCUCCAAGUCAUCGGCCUCGGCUCGAAAGCAACAAGGCCCGCCACAAACCUCUGGGCCCAAAGACUUUGGCAGGGGAGGAAAUGGAGGAGAGAAGAAAGACAAGAUAGCUGAAGCAAGUCAAAGUCAGGGGUCCAAUCCCCCUCAGCCGUCUUUGCCCGCUGCAGCGCCCGUCUCUUUAUCUGCCACUGAAAAUGGAGGAGUUGUGACCCAACAAGCUUCAACCAACCCAACGCCAAACUCUGGAGGGCCGAAUACACUCCCCAUUCCCACUAACCGUGGGUUCCCUCCCAGUGGGUUUGAGCGACCGCCUAGACGUCGCCGUCACGGGAGAUCCCAGCAUCAGCAGGAUAAGCCCCCCCGCUUCCGAAAACUGAAGGAGCAAGAGAACGCCGCACGAAUCAACGGAGGAGUGGGAGUCAUCGGGGGAGGAAGGCCCUCCUCUCCAGCCCUGAAUUCAGUUCAGGAAAGUAACGGAGCCCCGGUCUCUGCUCCUGCGACGGGCAAUGCCCAAAAUGCUAACCACAACAACGCCACACCAACGGCCAACAAUAACAGUGGGGGUGGGCAUCUCAACAAUGCAAAUAGUCACCACCAUCACCACUACAACCAGGGCAAUGCUGGGCAGACCCACAUCCAGCACCACCACAGCCAUGGAGCAAAGUCCCCCGACUUCACCAACCAGAACUCGGACCAGGCCAACGAGGAGUGGGAGACCGCCUCCGAGAGCAGCGACUUCACAGAGUUCCGAGACAGGGAUGGGGGAGGAGGAAAGUCCCUUUCUUCUCACCAUCCCCACCACUUGGGAAGAGGUGGUGGUGGUGGUGGUGGUGGUGGUGGAGGCGGCGGCGGCGGCGUGGUCGACCGUGACAUGACAGGAAAGGAGCCCUUGGCUAAUAAAAGAAGCUUCUCAAGCCAGCGCCCUGGCAUGGAUCGUCAGAACCGGAGGGUCAACCCUGGAGGUGGAGGAGGGGGGGGAGGGGGAGGAGGAAGAGGCCCACGAGGACCACCUGGUGGCGGCUCUGGCGGGCCCGGUAAUGGAGGCGGUAACCGCGGGGAUCGGCGUGGCAACUGGCCCUCCCCGAAAAAUAGGAAGUGAUGGAAAAAUUCCAAAACAUUUCAGAUGAGCCCCGCCCACAUUAAAAUCCCCCUCUUACAUCCAAUCCCUUUUUGAUAAUUACUUCAUGGCUUAUCUGUUGGCAUCCCUAAGCAUAUUAGUGCAUUGUACAGUAUAUGGAGAUGGUAUUCAAAUUCACUUUAGCCCCUCCCCCCCCCGCCCCGGUCAUGUCUUUUCCUUUGCAUCAAUCUACUACCAUCCGUUAUUGUAAAUUGUUUUCCAUUUGGUCCGUCUUGCUCUCCGUUCAAUUGUGCCCCUCACUCCCCUCCUCCCUCUUUCCCCCCAAUAAUCUCCCCCCAGUUGGAUUUGACAAGCAUGUGGUUUUGCAAAUGAGAGGUGCACGUUGUUUUGUCAGAAGACAUUCUCACACACACACACACACAAGCACAAAUAUGACGGAACACAUGCAGUCAUGUGUGUGCAAAAUGAAAACAUUUAAAUUGGCAAAAUGUUUGGAUUGGGCACAUUUUUAUAUUUAUGUACCUGUGUAUUUCUACCACACUUUGGCCUUGGGUGGUAUUAGGUGGUGCAGUUGUGCAUUAUUUCCCUCCACAAAGGGAAAGAGUGCAGCUCCAUCUUUUAACAAGAACAAUGUACCAUAACAUGUUUUGUUUUCUCUCUCUCUGUCUUUGUUCUUCUCUUUUUUUGGCCGUGUGUCAAGUUGAGUUUCAGCCUCUAUGAAAUGUUAGGGGUGUGUGGUUUUUUUCUUCUAAAAAGCAGGUCAUUAAAAUACCUUUUUUUUAAAAAUCUAAAUUCCCCAAUUCCUCCUUUUACUGACUUUUUGGUCUCCUACAAACUAUUUCUCUGAUUUCUGUGAGCGAUAGGACCAGUUGAAGUACUUCUGCUCAGUGCUCCACGUGGUUGACAUGCUCUGACAUUUCUUUAGCUAUUGGGUGGUCCUUUUUAGAAAAUAAAGGCUUUUUCUGCCUCAUCGUAGCAUCGUCCUUACCCUGCAGAGGUUCUGCAUAACUCGGUGUCCCCAAGUUUUAUUCUGUCAUUUGUGAGCUUUGUUUACCCUAUGAAGACUGUAAUUGCUAUCUUAAUGGCUUUAUUUUAACAUCCGUUUUUUCCUUAGUGACUCCCAUUUUAAUGGGAACGCUCGUUUUCGUUUUCUUUUCUCCUCGGAGGAUGAAAUACACAUCAGUCUUGUAAGAAGAGGGGAAAAAAAUGUUAAAUGAACAUGUAGGUCAUGAUAGAAUAAAGAAAAGUUUGACUUUCAUAAAAAUUGUUUAUGCGUCAAUAGGUAUUUGAAUAUGUUCUAAUAAGCACUCCUUGUAGUAUAACAAAAACCCACGUUUGAAGUUUCUUCUUUCUUUCUUUUUGGUUAAAUUUUAUAUAUUUUUUUCCAAGUUACAUGUAAUGCAAGAGGACAGGUACUCUGUCUGGGCCCAGAGUACAGAGCCAUUAUACCCCACCCCUCUGUGCUCUUGUGGAGACUCCUCCCUCCUCGAAAGAACUACUACCAAGAGCUCGUCAGAGGCAGUAUUUUAUAACCUGCGUGUUCUCGGCUGUUGCAGUCCACGGUGGCGACCAGAAGCCCAAACUAAUUGAAUUCAGGACGGUGCUGACUUGGCGUCCAGCGAGUCUCCUCGCAGUUGACGUGGUUUCCAAGAUUUUACUUGCAACGAAUAAUGGCGACCUGGAGUGUUGAGAAAAUAUCAAAUUGAGGUUAGGAUUACACGUGUAAACAUAGUUUGAAUCAUUCGUAAAAGAGAUGAAGUGGCCACGGUAAACUAAAACGUGAUUUAUACACCUGCAUCAAUUCUUUCACUGCUGUAAGUUGGGGUUUGUUUGUAUACUGAAUACAGUUUGAAGAUCAUCUCUGGGAUGUUGUGAGUAGGGCAUUUGAUUUGUGUAUGUGUGCGUGCGUGUGUAUGUGUGUGGCAAGUGUGCGUUUUCUGGUGUUUGUGUAAUAACUCGGGAAAGGGGGUGGGGGACCAGAGGGGUUAACAUGAAUGGCGAGCACUUUCUGCUUUGUUUGCCCACACUUUAACCGAUAUCAUUGAGACAAUUCUACUGUUUCCUAAAUACAUCCACAUGUAUACACUCAGCUGUGUGUAUAUGUUCACCGUACAAAUGAAUAACUCGCAGUGGACACAACCUCUUCCGUUUUUUUUCCCUUCCCGUUGUAUGUAAUUUAAUCAUACAUUCUUGUGCAGGCAAGUGAAGUUGGACAUAUUUUUAUUUCUCUCACUUCUAAGCAUGAACACACACCCAUGGGUGCAGCUUGCCAUGCCUGUUACUGAUAGCUGAACACUUAACACUGGCUCAAAGAGUCCUUCAUCCCUCCUUAACUCUUAAUGUUGAUAUGCGCAUUAUUUUAUGUACCCAUGUUAAAAGAAACACACAAGUAGUGGAUUCCAGGAGAGAGAAAAGAUACUCAAAGUUUGUACUGUGUUUUCAGCAUUACUGAGGUACCUGGAGUGAUUCAAACUUUUUUUUAUUUUAUUUUUACCAUUUAUGGUUUUAUUAAUGGAACCGUAAUAUACACACGUGUAUGUAUCUACGUUUUGUCUACCCCAACUUACAUUCCCACAAACAAUUGUUGCCAUUUUUAGUUCAAGGGAGCAAAUGUACAAGCAGAGAAGUGUCUUAUUAUAAUAAAGUUAUACAGAGAAGGCAAAGUUAAAUAAACUACUUUUGAUUUAAUGGAAAAUGUAA